UAUUUUCUCGGUAACUGAUAUGCGCUCAAAAAAUAUAAAUACAAAAAGUGUUCGAGAAAUUGUUUUUACAACAUCAAAUUGAAUCCAUUCAAAUUAAUUCAAAAGUUACUAGUAAUCAUAUAAACCAAUCCAUCACAAUGUCACAUGGUAAGCGGAAUGUCCCAAUUUCGUCAUUACUAGAUUCAACUGCUGAUAAUUCAAAUCCAAAUAUACCUUCAAAUGAAAUUGUAAGAUCGCGAUCUAAUUCCACAGCUUCAAAGACAGGUAAUAAUGGAGCUGUUCCUUUAACAAGCUUAGUCUCUCAAUUUCAAACAUCAAUCAUAGUGGAAAAUACUAAUUCCGAUUCACCCAUAGUCAUUGAUGAUGAAGAUGUGGUUGAAGUAUCACCAAGCAAUACUAAAUCUCCUGCAAAUGGCAAUAAUAACAAAUCAAAUCCAAGAUCAAAAAGACCAGUUCCUAUACGGCCAUCACCCUCUUUACCAGUCUUAGUACCCAAGCCUACUGUAUCGCCAAGUCCACAAGCGCAACCAAUACUGAAUGGUAAAGGGGUAGUAGCAAUUGAUCAGAUUAAGAAGUUUCAAACAAAUUUUCAAAUAGCCGCAUCACCACAACCUUCACCAGCACCAGUAUCAAAUCCAGCUAGUAAACCUCCAAAUUUAAGUAAGACAUCAAUCAAUUCCAUCAUAAACAUUGAUGAUGAACCAGAAAUCAUUGCAGUUGAAAACAAUAAGACUCCAACUCCAUCUCCAUCAGGUCCACCACCUGCUGCAACUGCAGCUCCAAAACGUAAAAGAGCUCCACCCAAAAAGAAGGAACCUGGAGCUGAACCUGUUAAAAGACGUAAACCAGGUGAAGGUGCUGCAGGGAAUAGGAAAACUCCAGAUCCAAGUGCCAAUAAGGAAGAAGUUAAAAUUACCCCACCAAAAUUAGUUGUUCAUUCUGGAAUGACAACUGAAAAUGUCAAAACUGGUAGUAUUACAUUACCUGCUGCUGAAGUGAUAACAAUAGGCAGUGAGAAGAAAGCUGAAGAGUCUGCUAAAACUGAGACUACCCCAGCGACUACUGAUAAAAAGAAGGAAGAAACCAUUGAAAAGGAAAAGGAGAAAGAAAAGGAGAAAGAGAAGGAGGAAGAAAAGGAAAAGCCUGAUCUUCCUAUAAUAGCGUUAAAUAUUCCUUUGAUAGAUCCUAAAAAUCCUAAACCAGGUCAAGCUGAAGUUGUCAUCAAUGUGUUAGCUUUAGCUGAAGAAAAAUAUGGAUUCAAAGUUAUACAUCCAAAUGCUAAAUCGGUGAUAGAUAAUAUGGAUGAGAUAUUAGUUGAUGAUGAUGAAGAUGGAGAAGAAGAGGAUGAAGAAGAUGACGAUGAAGAAAAAGAACGAGAAAGAGAAGCUGCUGCUAAAAAGAGAAAGGAGGAAGAAGAAUUGACAGAAGAACAAAAAGUAAGACGUCAUGAAGCUAGAAUCGCUAGAAAAGUGGGUAAAUAUGAUUAUGAAGAUCCAUUUAUUGAUGAUCAAGAAUUACAAAUGGAAGAUGAAAUUGCUACUACAAAAGAAGGAUUCUUUGUUUAUUGGGGUCCAUUAGUUGAUGAUAGGAGUUUAACGGGAAAUAAUGCAAAGAAAGGUUCUUCAAAGAGCAAAAAGUAAACACAGUACAACAUAUUUUUUUUAAAAUAAAACCAUAAUAU